AUGACCUACGCAACCGCCGCGCCCGCAACCUCUGGCGGACAGGCCAAUUCUCCGCCUGUCUGCCAGAACUGCACCACCAGCACGACGCCGCUUUGGCGACGCGAUGAAUCUGGCUCCGUCCUGUGCAACGCCUGCGGGCUCUUUCUGAAGCUGCACGGCCGCCCGCGUCCCAUCUCUCUCAAAACUGAUGUCAUCAAGAGCCGCAACCGCGUCAAGACGGGCGGGCCUGGUGGACGCAAGAAGGGUGCUGAAGCCAAUGGCCUCCCCGCCGCCCAUCCGGAUGCCGACCCUUCGCAAGUUCAUAUUCAGCACCGACGACCCUCUGGCAAGAUCUCGUCUGGUCUCUCCGAUCGAUCGCAGUCGCCCAUAUCGCGCACUGGCACGCCAGGCCUUCCGCAUCCUGCCAAUAUCGCCCCACAGCAUAUGUUCGAUGGCGUUCUCCAUAGCGAGGUCUUCCACUCGCCUUCACUACCGUCCUUCAACCUUCGGCAGCCGUCCCCCGGCUCCACCUCCUCCGUGAAUGGCUCGCAUCUAGAACCUCCGCUAUCCUAUGACGCCUUGGGCGCCCAGAACACGUCCCUACGGACACGCGUUAGCGAGUUGGAAGUCAUCAACGACCUCUUCCGCGGACGUGUCACAGAACUAGAACAGAGCGAGCAGGAAGCGAGAAGGGGUGAGAUGGCCGCACGAGAAGCGGAAGCACAGCUACGGGCAUCAGAGGCACAGCUAAGGGCUGAGCUCGAAGAGAUGAGGCAGCGCGACGCUGAGUUGAAGAGAAGGCUCGACGAAUACGAAAAUGAGGGUCCACGACACAAGAAGAUGCGGCUCAGCGAUAUUGUUGACGAAAGCCGAGCUGGCACACCAGUAAGCUCCAUGGCAGAGUAG